AUGAAUAAUAUUGAAUAUGUAGAGUCAGAGAAGUUUUGGCGUGCUCCAAGGCUUGAUGUGAAGCCUACUGGUUUGGGUGAAGCUAUUUUGAAGAUACUCAAGGAAAAAGACCCCGAACAAGUUUAUGAAAUAUAUCACGAUAAUGGUACUCAUGUAACAAAUAAGGAAAUCCGUGAACGAACUAUAAUUGCCGCACAAAACUUAUUGAAUUUGGGAGUGAAAAAAGGUGACGUUGUGGUGUUUUUAACUUGUUCGAAUUUAAAUCUCACACCACUAUCAUUUGCUUGCUAUACAAUCGGAGCUCCAGUAUGCUACUUUGACACACAUACCGAAGAAGUUAACGUACCUGAAUAUUUUGUAAGGCUUGAUCCAACUGUGAUAAUUUAUGAAGAAAAAUUCAAGUCGAUGGUUUUUAAAGGUCUAAAAAGUCUCACUUUACCAAAACUGAAACACAUUCUAAAUUUUAAUGGAAGAGAACAAAAUUCUAUUGACGACUUAAUUUUCAAACCACCUGUUGACAUUGAGAACUUCCAAGUUCCCAAUAUUGGAAAUCCAAAUGAUCUUCCAGCCAAUCUAGCUUUCACAUCAGGUUCAACAGGGUUGCCAAAAAUUGUAAUGCUUUCUCACUCUAUGAUGAUACGAGGUGUCUAUAGCCCUGUUCAACCAAACCCAGGAAAUGUGUUAAUAGUUCUAAGUGAAAUUCGUUGGUUGGCCCAAAUAAAUAGUAUGUUGCGACCAGCUUUUACCAAUAUCACACGAGUUUACAGCUCAAUUGUACCACCAGAGCUGACAAGUGAAAUUGUUCGAAACAUGAUAGACACCCACAAAGUUACACAUUACAUUGGAGUCCCAUCAUUAUUUUUAGGAGUAUUAGAAGCUGCCGAACAAUCUCAAGAACCAUCGACUUUGAGUUCCUUAAAAGUGGCAUUUGCGGGAGGCGAAAAUAUUGAUGAAGCAUUUGAAGCUUAUUUAGCAAAGAUAACUCCAAAUUGUAGAAUAAUUAAAUUCUAUGGCAUGACUGAAGUUUCUGGUGGUAUUGCUAUAUCAGACUUGGGCAGAGAUAAUGUAAAUGGAGGUGUUUUGAAGACAGGCUUGAAAGUGAAAAUAAUCGAUAAGAAUCAAAAUCCUCUUGGCCACUAUGAAAUAGGACAAAUUUGUGUGAAAAUAUCAUUUCCAUUUUUGGGAUAUUUAAAAGAUAAAAAGGCUAACGAGGAGACUUUUAUUGAAGAUGGUUGGCUCAAUACUAAAGAUUUGGGUAUGUUCGAUUCGAAUAAUCUUUUAAAUGUUUCUACCAGAGAAAAGUAUGUUUUGCAUUAUGAUGACGGGAAUAUACUUUUGCCAAAUAUUAUUGAAAAUAUUGUGAAUAAUUUUGAUGGAGUUCAUUCAUCAGCUCUUGUUGGACAAACAAGUGAAGAAAAUCCUAAAGAAGAUAAAGUAAUAGAAUUUUCGAAACAAAUAGUUGAUCGAUACAGAAGCAUCAUGAAUGAUAUUGAAUACGUAGAGUCGGAGAAAUUUUGGCUCGCCAAAAGGCUUGAUGUUAAGCCUGUUGGCCUAGGUGAAGCUAUUCUGGAGAUACUCAAGGAAAGAGAUCCUGAUCAAAUAUAUGAAGUACUUCACGAUAGUGGUUCUCAUGUAAAAACUGGUGAUAUCCGUAAAUGGACUAUAACUGCUGCACAGAAUCUAUUGAAAUUAGGUGUGAAAAAAGGAGACCUUGUAUUGUUCUUUACUUUUCUGAACUUAGAAAUCACACCUCUAACAUUUGCUUGCUACACAAUUGGAGCUCCAGUAUGUUUCUUCGAAACGUAUCUUGAAGAAGAAUAUGUGCCUGAAUAUUUGGAAAAGCUUGAUCCAACUGUAAUCAUCUAUGAAGAAAAAUUCAAGUCUAUGGUUUUCAAAGGUCUUAAAGGACUAAGUCUUCCAAAACUGAAACAUACUCUCAGUUUGAAUGGAAGAGAACAAAAUUCAAUUGACGACUUAAUUUUCAAACCACCUGUUGACAUCGAAAACUUCCAAAUUCCUAAUAUUGGACAUCCAGAUGAUACCCCAGCAGUUCUAGGUUUCACAUCAGGAUCAACAGGGUUGCCCAAAAUUGUAAUCCAUUCCCACUCUCUAAUAAAACAAAGUGCAUAUGGCCGAUGGCAGGCAAAGCCAGGAAGUGUGGUAAUGGUUCUAAGUGAGAUCCGUUGGAACUGCCAGGUAUCGUGUAUGCUCCAACCGGCCUUCCUCAAUGUCAAACGAAUUUACAGCUCAAUUCCACCAAAAGAGCUAACAGGUGAAUUUGUGAGGGAAAUUAUAGACACUCACAAAGUCACACAUUACUUUGAAGUUCCAGCUUUUUAUAUAAAUGUGAUAGAAUCUGCUGAACAAUCUCAAGACCCAUCCAGUUUGAGUUCAUUGAAAUUAGUCCUGCUGGGUGGUGAAAGUAUUGGAGAAGCGACUUUGGCAAAUAUUGCAAAAAUAACUCCAAAUUGUGAGAUCGGAAGAAAUUAUGGAAUGACCGAAGUUGGUGGUAAUAUUGUUUCCACAGAAUUGGCCAGUAGAAAAAAUGUAAAUGGAGGUGUUUUGCGAAAGGACGGAAUGGUGAAAAUAAUUGAUAGAAACAACCAACCCCUUGGCCCAAAUCAAUUGGGUCGAGUUUGUUUGAAAACACGUGCAAAAUUUUUCGGAUAUUUGAAAAACGAAAAAGCCAACAAAGAGACUUUUAUCGAAGACGGUUGGAUAAAUAGUGGCGAUUUGGGAAUGGUCGAUUCGGAUAAUCUUUUAAUUAUUUCUGCCAGAGAAAAGUUUGUUUUACAUUAUGCUGAUGGAAGUAUUCUUAUUCCAAGUGUGAUUGAAAAUAUUGUUAAUAGCUUCGAUGGAAUUCAUUCAUCAGCUCUUGUAGGAAAACCCAGUAAAGAAAAUCCUAAAGAAGAUGUUGGAACAAUUUUUGUGGUUUUCAAAAAUUUGACUAAUUCAAUUAAUAUUGAAAAUAAUUUUAAAGAAUAUUUGAGGAAGGCAUUAACUCAAGAGCAAUUGCGUAUUGUCAAAUAUUUUAAGGUGCUGGAAGACUUACCGAAGACAUCUUGUUCAAAAGUGAAUAUGAUAGUGCUGAAAAACAUGUUGCAUGGAGGUUGUAGAAUUUAAAAUAGGUUGUAGAAUUUACGU